GGCCCAGGGGCUCUCCCCCACCAAGAUAACAGAGGAGGACGGUCACUCCGUGGUUAAGGUCCGAGACUGGUUCAGCUGGGACCUGGGAAGCAGUAACAAGCCACAGGCACAGCUCCCCCAACAACCCAGUGAUGAACCAGUGACUCCUGUCGACGUCAUCACAGAUGAGAUGCCAAGUGAUGCUGCCUCUAAGAAGCCAUCUAAUCAUGUGUCUCCAAAGCCUCUGAGAGGGCUCCUAGGGAUAUUUAGUAGAGGGGAAGCAAGAGAAGAGAGAAUCCCUGAGCUGCAAAGCCCAGUUAAAGAGGAGGUGAUCCUCUCUGAACAGAAAGAGCUUGACGAUGCCAUCCUGAACUUCGUCAAAUGCCAAUCCACUGUGAAUACUUAUUCUGACCAGCAGCAAGAUCUGCAUAAAUGUGCUACUGACAAACAGUCAGCUAAAAACGACGAGACACCAGAGGUUAGAGAACUAGUGCUUAAAAAAGAAAUAGACCAAACUCAACAGGAGCCAGAGGGAGUAGAUACAAUUCCAGAUAAACUCUCCAACUUUAAAUCAUUUUGGGAAAGAGAAAUUGGCCCUAAAAUACUGCUCAGUAAACUAAGCACUGAUACAACGAGGUGUGAAGUACUUGUCAGUGCUGGGGAUACUUGUGACCAGAAAAUGCAUGAUUUUGGUGAAGAGUUUGCCAAGGCUGAGACUGUUGAAGCAUCAUCAUCUUUUCAAAAUAUUCAGCUUGACCUCGACACUAGUGGCAUGAGAAAGUCCAAUAACUUUGGAGCAAUAAGCAAUGAUAGUAAUGACACACAUAUGCUGAUUACCCAUCCCGUCUCCCAAAAUGUGGAAACCUCAGAGCACUGUAACAUAGACCUCAAUGCUGCUCUGUCAUAUGACGAAAAGUCCUCAUCUUCCAUCGAAAGCAACUACAUGUCAAAAACAUCAGGUGACAAAGGUACAUUCAGGGAUAAACCCAUCCUUAUCUCUAAAGAGCAUUCCAGUUCAUCUGUGGGCUUGACAGUGCCUUCUCAGACUGUCCCGCCAGAUGAGGUGGCCAUUCCUUUACCUGUUUCUCCAUCCAGUCACCGCACAAGCCGGCAGGGGCGUGUCCCAGUGCCCCUCGUUAGACGGUCCCUCAGUCAACAGGAAAGCAGGAAGGCCAAGAUCAAUAACCUCAAGUCCUUCUGGGAGAAGGAGAAUAGUGGACCAAGGGUCAUUGUUAGCAAACCAAAGGAGGCUUUAGAUAGUCAAACCCAUCCAUGCUCAGAAACAUCUCCAGUUCACCACUCAAUUGCCACUUCUCAGUCUGAUCUAAGACCAACUGAAACUGACCUAGGGAAGGGUGACUAUGACAAGCAAAGCUCUUUCUUAUACGGAGUAAAGGCUAGCGACUCCGACUUGUCCGUGACUGAAAGAAUAGAAAAGGGUUUCAUCAAAAGGAGUUCAGACUCAUCACUACCAACCCUGUCUCAAGAAAGGCCCUUAAGUCCUAAAACACCUCUGCCUAGAUCUGAAAUGCCAAAGUGGAAAGACACAACUGACGAUGAACUUAAGAGAAGUCCUUCAAAGACCUGUCAUCCAAAAGCCCUGCCCAGAUAUUCAUCCAGUUUCCAAGGAGCCAGGCGUGAUAGUUCUCCAUUAACAACCUUCUCCAUAGACAUUGCCUUACUCACAAGGGAAAAUCAGGAUGAUCCAGAGAGAGCAACAUCAGUGGUUAAACAGAGAAAAGGACUCUCACGUGAAGCAAUUCUGUCAGGAUCAGAGUCCACCAAACCUACCCUAGGAAUCACAUCUACCCCUCCACAGUUUAGACUUGAAGAGGAGGGGCAGGAUCACCUGACCUUGCCACGUAGAGGCUCGGCACAGAGCUCACUAACUUCUAUGAUGUCCCCGCUAUCACCCACUAGGUCGCUCCCUUGCCCCGUCAGAAGGACAAGUUUAGGGAACCUAAGUGUACAGGAGGGCAGUCCUCACCGGUCCACUGGGCCAAAUCAUGGGGACCCGCAUGUAAGAGCCUCUGAAGCUGGCAAGAUUGGCCAACAGCCCGUCAAUAGGGAUCCUGUUGAAAGAAAGCUUUCGGGAGCAUCGGAAGACUCUGAAACAUAUCCCCGCCUUGCAAGGUCUUUCAUUCCCGAGAGCAAUCAGCAUUAUUUGGGGCUCGCUGAGUGGACACACAUCCCUCAGUUUAUCGCAGACAAAGUGGGGAAUGGCCAUCUGAGUCCCACUGUCCCCACUCCAUUGCUCCUGAGCAUGAGAAGCAGUGAGGGGAGUCCAUCUUGGAUCAGUCCUAGGUCCAUGGAGAAUGUCGAUGUUGGCUUAUCCAGAGGAAGCAUGCCUGAGAUCUGGUCUCAAUCUCGGGCAAGUUCAAGCUGUCAUGAUGAGAACUUAAGCCCUAUCAGGGUAGAGUUGAAACAAAUGUCUUCAAGACCCUUAUCCAGAAGUCUGGAGGAGGUUGUAUCACCGCCAAAACGAGAAGAAAGAAGUACAAUUCAUCUAAGUGUGGAUGAUGUCUCUGCAGUGCCUCCCUCCUCCCUCUCCCUCCUCCCUCCUCCCUCUUCCUCUUCCCUCUCAGUCCCGGAGCAGAUGAAGAAUAUGAGCAAGUCGGUGUCUGCUUUGCAGGAUGAGAAGGAUGGCAGAGACAGUGACUGCACCUCAGUGAAAAGUCUCAACUUCAGCUGGAAAAAGCGGACGGGCAGUUCCCUCACUAACCUUAGCCUCUCCUCUGGCAUGGCGUCCAUGUCCUCUGUGAGCGGCAGUGUGGCAAGCAUCUACAGUGGAGUAGAUGGGAAUGUGGAGGUGAAGGGAACAAUCCGGUUUGCAUUGAAUUACGUCCAGAAGCUCGGGGAGUUCCACAUCUUUGUUGUCCACUGCAGAGAUCUUGCCGUGGCAGAACCCAAGAAGAACCGUUCCGAUCCAUAUGUGAAAUGUUACCUCUUACCGGACAUAGCAAAGAUGGGAAAGAGAAAAACCAGUGUGAAAAAGAAGACCUUGAACCCCACCUACAAUGAGAUCCUUAGGUUUAAAGUUACCAUGGAGACCCUCAAGACUCGAUCACUUAAUGUCUCCAUGUGGCACAACGAUAACUUUGGACGGAACAGCUUCCUUGGCGAGGUGGACUUGGAUUUGUCUGAAUGGGACUUUAGCAACACACAGAUGAAUGACUAUGCUUUGAAAGCAAGGAUUUCGACACAGUCUCUCAGUCCCUCUCACUCCCAAUCUAUUGACCAUCGAGGAAUGAUGAGAAUAGGAUUGCGUUUCCUGCCACAGAUCUCCUACAGUAAGAGGUCAUCCAAAACAGAGACGGGUGAGGUGCAGAUUUGGGUAAAAGACUGCAAGAACCUGCCUGCUGUCAGGGGUGCGAUCAUGGACCCCUUUGUGAAAUGCACCGUGCUUCCAGACACAAGCAGGAAAAGCCGACAGAAGACUCGGGUGGUGAAGAAGACGGCCAACCCCAUGUUCAAUCACACCAUGGUCUACGAUGGCUUUCGGCCAGACGACCUACGAGAGGCCUGCGUUGAAGUCACGGUGUGGGAUCACGACCGGCUCGCUAACCAUUUCAUUGGGGGCUUAAGGCUGGGCCUUGGAACAGGUAAAAGUUAUGGGUUGGAGGUGGAUUGGAUGGAUUCAACCUCUGAAGAAGCAAGUUUCUGGGAGAGAAUGAUGCAUUCUCACAAUGAAUGGGUCGAGGAUGUUUUACCCUUGAGAAUGUUGAUAAUGGCAAGAAGUUGAUCAAAAUAAGAUGGUGUGUGAAAGGUUGUAUGACAAAAUGAGAAGAAUGUUGCUCAUUGGGUGUAUCAGUUUGAUGAAGUUUAUAACUGAUAAUGUAAUCAGUAAUAUAAUCUCUCACUUUUGUAGGGGAAAGAACAUACAGGCAUAUUGGAGUAUUGUGCUUGGUGCUUAGAUUCUUCUUAGAACUACAUUACAAAUGGGUAUUUUAUUUUUUGAAAGAUUAAAAUUUUACAUAAUCGUGUUUGUUGUCAUACUGAUCAAAUACCUACUCACAAAUUGUUAAGAUAUAGAUAGGUUAUGUUUUAAUUGAUUCAUUGCAAUUCAUAUUGAUCACUAUUUGUAUAUAAUCCUAUAUAUGUUUUCAUAAUGUUAUUCCAUGGUAAAUGAACUGAAGAGAAUGUUUCCACUAUUGAUACAACAGCAUAUAUAAUCAGAAAUGUGGUGUUAUGUUUUCAUUGUUGUCUUUGUGAAAUAUAUUUAUUCACAUUACUCAAUAUAGUAACAGCAUAUGUUUUUCAUCAAAGUUAAUGUUUCCACUAAUUCAGGCACCCCAACAAU